AAAAAAAAAAAAAUGAAGCUCGAAAAAGAUUUACGAUAUAUUAAUCCUUUUUCUUUAAAAUAAGACCUUAUUCAUUACAAUCGAUCAAGAAUUACGCCUAUUCUCAUUGUUGGCGUAAAUCAUUUUUUAAAAGCAGCCAUUAUGAACAGCCUUAACGGAGACAUUUGUUCAAUAUACUGAUCUUUUCAUAGAUUUUAUACUCAUGGCUUUACACCUGUAAAAUAAUAAAUAAUCAUCAGUGUUAACGUUGCGAUAAAUUUGUCAUUAUUGAACAAUUCCUUAUUAUUUAUAUACAUUUAAAAAAGAUGGGAAAGAAACGAAAUAUUCAACCUCUACCGGUUACUCCAAGUCGUGUUAAAGUAGAAAUAAAAGAUGAAAUAGGAGACAGUGAUGUUCUUGUUGCAAGAGAUAGAUUAAAAGGAGCUCUACGAGAACUAUUGCAGCAUAGUGAUACCGGUUCAUCUGCAGAUUCCAGCGAAGAAAGUUCUGCUCAUGAUUAUAGGCACCAUAUGAGAAAAAUAGACAACAUGUACAGGACAAAGUCUAUCCAUUUUCAACAACCAAGAAAAAUAAGGCGGCGUAGGCAAGUACAAAUGGAUACAGCAUUUCAUCAUACAUAUGUGAUGAAACUUUUCGAUCGUAGUGUAGAUUUAGCUCAGUUUCAAGAGGAUACACCAUUAUAUCCCAUUUGUAGAGCCUGGAUGGCUAAUCAACCAAGAAAUCCAAAUCUUAUACCAAAAGUACGUAGUCCUAGUCCUGAAAUAGUUAGUGAAAUUAAUAAUCAACAUAAUAACAUAUUAGAUGCAAAUGGAGAAAUACGAGAUGUUCAUUAUUUACCACCUCCUCUUCCUUGCGAAGAGGCAAUGCCAAGAAAUCGUAUACCAUCUCCAAUAAUUCCUGAAACUGAAGAGCUAAAGCUAGAUUAUGAUGGACAAUCUCUCAAAUCACGAGAAGUAUUAUUAAGAGAACACAGAGUACAUUGGAAUGCUGUUCGUAAAAAAUGGCAUCAACAGGCGCAUAAAAAUGAACAACGUUAUGCACAAGGCCAACAUAUACUCAGUACUAUAUUUAAAAGGGCACAAUCAGAAUUUGAAUAAUAAACAGCUAAACCAUGCAUUAAUAUCUAUCAUUUAUAUAAAUAUUCAUAAUAUUUGGAAGCAAAGUAUAUCUGCAACAUUAAAUGAAUCCUAUUAUUAAAAUAAUUGUAUUUUUUCUUUAUAUAAAUAUAUUUUUAUCACAACGUA